CUGACCUGCGGACGAUCACGUAGAGAUAUGGGCGCGCAAUCAUCCCUCACUGUUUACAUGAAUAUCGAAUUCAUCAUGCUGUUAUGAGCCCAGAAUAGUAUCGCGUUGUGUAAACGGAAAAAUUGAGAGAAUUGUUAAAACGAUGGUAAACAUAAUAUCGUCACUUCCAUAUUCAUCGUGAAAUUUCCUCUGCUCGUCUAAUCAAAAUUUUUCUUAAAGAUUUGUAUUUUUUCAUAACAUUCUUCAAAAUAUUCCUAAUGUAAAUCUUCCUCAUAAGAUUAACGAUAAGACGAGAAGCUGCUGUACAUUGAUACUGAUUUUUUUCUUUUUGUCAAUACGUCCAAAAAGGUAUCAAGAAAGGGUGUUACAAUUGAGCACAACAGCAUAACUGUGUUAUUUUAUUUUCUUUCUGUCCGCUGUUCGUCAAACCGAAACGAAUAAAGAAUACAUUUUUUCAAUAAAUCAAGGGAACUGUGCUACUUCACUUUUGUUCUACCGCCCGUGAAGUUGCCGAUGAAAAUUUUUGUUUCUUUCAAAUGUUGUAAUUGAUUUUAGGCCACCCUCGAAGCUUGGGUUUUCCUGAACGAAGUCCUGUGAGUUGUCAGGAUCAAAACAAGUGACGAAUCGCAUUAGCUACGGGUAGCAAGUCUACUCCGUAUCAACUGUGUGGAUCGUGCCAGCUGUACCCAGGGCCGAAAUCUUUAUUCGAAAUAUCCUUUCACGAAAAUUUAUUAACAAAUAUAUAUGAAGCCUUGGCGACGAGUAAUAAGCACCCUUGAAAAAUAAUUAACGAAUAUCUUGACGAGAAAAACACUUUAAAUUGUGUCGUCCCGACUUACCCGAUCCGUAUGUUCGCGAGAAGCGGUGUACCGCGGGGAUACGCGAGACACGCGCUUGGAGAUUUGCUACGGUAGCGAGAUGCCCGCCGGGACGGUUGACACAGUGAGGAUUUUCUCGGUUCGUUUCUUAUACAGACGGUGAAGAGCGGGGAUUUCGUUUAUCGAUGGAAAUAUAUUUUGAUCCAUUAGACAAGCGAUUAAUGAAAAAACAGCUGGAAUAUGUGCUCAAACUCUACAGCGGGUAUUCUAGACCCCGAGUAUAUAUAAUUGAAGAGCCUGCUCCUUUUUAUUAUCUUAUUAUUUUAUUAUUUUAGAAAUAACUGCGUUGGAAUUAUUGCACAAGUCAGAAAACGCAUAAAGUGUUAGCUUUUAAUCAAGGCACUGAUGUACAAUUGAUUUACACGUCUAAAUAUAGCUCGUCAGGUGCUCCGACUUGACAUCGGUAAUUAACUUUGAAGGGACGAUUUCAAAGUACCUCGUGCACCCUCGCAAAAGACACGUUCACGAAACCUAUCAACAUUAUACUCCUAUUGAGUUAACCAUGCAGGUUCAACGCGUUUACGUACCGGUGUUGCGUGCGUCAAUUUUAACGAUAGCUUUCAAUUAGUCAGCUUGUGUCAAGUCAUCGUGACAAAAUACUAUUAAAAAUUAAUACUUUCCAUGACGCUCGAACUGCUGUUCCUGUUGUAAAAAAAUGAUAAAAAAUCAUUCCUGAUUUCUCAGAUCGGCGAAAAAUUGAAAAUAAAUUAACGAAAAAAUCAUUAUCUCAAGAGAAAUUAUUUUCUUAUCGAACACAAUUGUAAAAAUUCCAUUGAAUAAUCGAUGAAUUUUAAGUUCAAUUAUCCCAUAUCAAGUUUCGAUUUGUUGCAACGAUUUUUUCAUUGUUUAAAUUAUACAUAUUUAUUCGAGCAAUGCUAGCUGUUUCAGCAUUUUUUUUCAAUAACAUAAAAUGCCCAAGCAAGCGAAGCUGGAGAUUAGGCUUUCGGCCCUGAGGGUCGAACUUGCGCCGUAUAAGUGAAUUAGCAAAAUAGAUUAAUGAGUCUAAACGUGGAUUUUAAGAUGGUUUCCUCCUGAUGGCGAGGAAUGGCUUAAGUGAUGAAAUUUGACGUCAGUAAUAUAAACACGAAUAAUUGAGAUUAUUUUCAUAUGUAAAUCGUAAAUUAAUACAAACAUUUUGUAGCACCUCUGAGGAGGGUAGAUCCUUUCGCAAAAGAACGAAUGAUUCGAAUAUUCAACAAACCAUCGAUUUGAAAAAUUAUUCAAAAAUAUUAAAAAAAGAAAUGAAAAAUUCAAAUAAAUCUCGAUCUAGCAAGUUGGAAUAAUAUUUUAUUUGAUUCAACGAAGCGAGGAGAAGCUUUGAAGUUGUAAAAAUAUGGACGUAUACGGGAUCGAAUAAUAAUGUUACGAAAUAUUGUGUGAAAAGCUCUCGUGGAUUAUAUACUUUCUUUUAAGUGGCUAUACGAGCGAGAUGCUAACAAUGCUCUAAUUCAAUCCCAAAAAUAAACAAUGUAAAGGCCUGCUCUUAUAUAUAUACACACAACAUACAGGUAUUAAAAAUAUAUGUGUAUAUAAGAGUUAGGCUCGGGGGUUUAUAGGUAAAGCGGGCUGGGCAUGCUCGCUCUUACCACCCUCGAUGGGAACUAGAUCAAUAUUCGUGAGCGAGGAAGGGAAGAAGGCGAGGGAGCGAAGGCAACGGGUUUUCGUCCGCGCAAAUACAUCGCUUCAGGGGUGGUUCGGUCGUCGUCGUCGUCGUCGUCGUCGUUGGGGUAGGGGCGCGAAUCAAAUCACUGGGCAGAGGUUUAUGCAUUGUAUGUCGUACUAUACUAGUUAUACCCAAAGCCUGUUGCUGCCGCCGCACUUUCGUACUCUUCCUGCCUGACAUUGGCUGCUUCCUCAAACGUCAUCGCGCUCACUACUUUUUUUCCAUUCUACAUUAUUUUUCAAAUAAAGCAAUUAAUCAAAUUUAUCAGCAUCGGACCGACGGUUUUUCGCUUCCUCUUUUAUGCUUCCUUCCGCUUGGCGCUUCCUCAAUUAGAAUAUAGAACCAGUGUGAUGUGCGGUGAACAACCACGAUCGAGAGACCAUGGAUAAAUCGGCAAAUUUCUCCAGGGGUACGAACACAUCAACGACGAUACCAGGGCAAAAUUGCCUCUGGCACAAUGGAUCGAGUGGGCCGAACUCGAUUUCUCUGGACAAGCUUUUGAUAACUACCCCUUCACUGGCGUCGGUUAAUCAAGAUUUAAAAUGGAUUUUUCCUUUGCACACCUACGGAUUUGCUUGCCUCUUUUUUGUUUUAAGUUUCUACACGUUUUUCUCAAUUCUCAAUUUGAGAUCCCUCAUAUCCAGUCGGCCUUUCAUGUCUACCAUCAACAUUUUCUUGUGUUUACUCGGUGUCUCGAGGUCCGGCUGUCUCUUCAUCGAUCCUUACAAUCUCCAGGAGACAAUGCCGAAAGUCAUUGGUUCAAUAAUGUGGGACAUUGGAUUUCCCUGCGUGACCUCGGCCUUCUGCCUCAUACAGUUGGCAUUUUUACAUCUGACGCAGCUGAAAUUUGGUCCAGAAAAAAUACAAAAGGAAUCGUGUCUCAGUUUCAUAAUAACCGCUCAUUUUUCAUGCAUUAUCGCAAGCGACGUUGCUCUCGCAUACCACAAUCAUUUCAUUGCGAAGCACGUUGUACAAACAGUUUUUCUCACGUGGAGCAUACUUCUUUACCUGACGUUCCUACACGCUGGCUACAAAGUAAUGCAUCUCCUGCGAACCAUGCCGAACAACAUGCUCACGAGGGAAAACUUGUCAGCCAAUCAGAAAGGGAUAAUGCAGCUCGCUAUGCUGGCACCGUAUAACAAUCUUGCGAGCUCCGUGGCUGCUGCUUUGGUACCAACAAUGCUUGGCCCGAAUAAUAAAACAAAUGUACUGGAGGAUCACGAAGAAUCCAAUGCUCCGGAUGCGACAGCGAGUCGAGGCACCAAAGAUUGCAAUUUAUCGGGGAGUAAGAAUCAAACGAGGCGUGAAUCAGUGGCAUUAGCAUCAAGGUCAAUGAGCCGUGAUUCUCAGCCGGUAUCGACGGUACCGGAAGUCUACGUGAGACCGCCAACCCCGACACCAUCGACCGUUAAUUUACCGAUAAUAAUGGUGUCGUCACCGAGCCGAAGGAGCUCGUUGGCAAGUAGACGCGGAAGUGACGCAUCGGGGCGUUCCUCCUCGCGGAGGAAUUCGGACUGCAGCGUUCGUUUUAUCAACGAGGAGGAUGAGACGUCACCGAGUUCGGAGGUUAAACGCUCGGUGGUAAACAGCACCGACCGUGCGAAAACCCCGGAAGGGAUAUUGCGCCGACACUCCGAAAUGGUCACACCGACCGGGAGUUCCCGAGACCUGAGGAGAUGCUCAGAUUUCGGGCACGAGAAAAAUCGUGGUUCGCAAUUCGCUACGAAAUUACGGAGGAACAGCGACUUUGGCAACCGGACACCGAAGCGAAUGCUGUCGAACGAUAUGGAACAGAGAUUGCCGCGUGUUCUGGACGCCAGUCCAACGAGCUCGCGGAGAAACUCCGAUUUCGACAGCAUUUUUCCACCUAACAGGUCGUCCGAAUCCCGAAGAAAUUCCGAUGUUCCGUACAGUCGAAGGAAUUCUGAACUCUCGCAAAUGCGACCGUUGAAUAUAAAUCGCCGCAGCAGCGACAUAAGCAUUAGAACUUUGGACAAGAGUCCAACGCACUUUCAAUCCAUGGUCACUGAGAAAAUUGAGGUCCAUGAGAAAUCGGAAUCCGACUCUGACCAACCGGACUGUAACGAAAAAGCAUCUCUAAUGAAUGAUAAAUCGAGUUUCGAUGACAAAAAUAAAGCUCGCAAAAAGAGCCUCACGUGGAAGAACGACAAAAAUAAGGAAGAUUCCGAAGACAUCACAGCGGAGAGCAGCUUGCUUCCUGAUGCUCAAAUUAAUGACAACAGAGUCGUGGGUAACGAUUUCACUCUUCAUGCGAUUCUUAAUCACAUAGCUCACGUUAAUCGAUCGAAAAGCGAUGCUCCAUUAUACUUACCGGAUGUGAAUUCGGCAGCAGCAAAAAAAUCUCAGAUGCGACGAGUUCUCAAUGUCACUUAUGCUACGGCGAUACUGGGCAUAGUUUUGUGCGCUGUCGAUAUCCUACGGAUAUUCGGUCCUUACGGUCUUCUAGGAGAGACUGUGCACUACGGAACUCAACCAGCUCCGAAUCAAUUUCCCAGGCCAUGGCCGUGGCUAUUUUAUCAGACACUAUGUCGGGGUUUGGAACUGAUAAUGGGUUGUGCGAUGGCGAACAUAACAAAACAGCCAUCGAUAAGUCCGAGACACCAGUAUCUUAAAAACUAUAGAAGUUACAGUCCGGGUUUGAAAGCUCGCGACGGUCUCUACAUAUAAAGCAAUACAAGCUGGAAAUCAAAGGACAAAAAAUCGGUGAAGAGAGAAUUCUCAAAAACGCUGGUUUCAUCGAGAGGAGAAAAAAUGCCAAUCUUUGUAUCAAUUCCGCGCGUUUCUUCUCUCAGUCUUCAUUGAUCUUCGAAUUGCUGUAACUUACUUUUCUAACAGUUUAUGAGUGGCGAAAGGAGCCAAAAAAUCGGGAAAGCAAUUUCUAGUUUCACGUUUUCCUUCGUUCGCGUGUAUACCACGAACUAAGUUAAAUAUCCUAAAAUUUCGUGCUUGGCACGAAAUCGAUAUUCAAUCUUUCAUUUUGACUGAAUCGAAAAACAGAAAAGGAAAAAAACGGGUGCAGCAAUAGAAAAGUUUUAAAUUCUAAAGAAGGAACUGUGUUCAAGAACAUAUUGUAUACUCAACUUUUUAUAUACUCCAACGUUAAAUUAACUCAUUUUUACUCGUAUCGAUCAUUUUCACGCGAACAGAAGUGAGCAAUGAUGAACAAAAAUCCAAAAUGAUCUAUUUUACACAAAACUAAAGAAAAAGAAGAAAAAAAAAAAAAAAAAAUCAAAACACCCUCGUACCUGCACGUAUAUUUUCAAAUUUAGACAUUAGUUUUCAACGGAUGUGUGUGUGUGAGUGUAUUUUAUUUUUGAAUAUAUUUUUCUCAAUAACUUAUUUUUCUACUGUUCCAUGUAUGGCUCAAAGACAUGAGAAAAUAAUUCAAUGUGAUCUUUAAAAAGCCCAAAAUAUCAUUGGAGUAAUUUAUGUGUUUUGCUUCAAUUAUGGUAUGGUGCUAUUCCAUGGGCAGUUGGCACAUCAGUAACGAGUUAGUAUUUUGUGUUUGAAGCCUGUGAAGGAAACAGUAAUAAGUGAAACUGCUGCUGCUGCUGCAACAUAAAAUAGCACCUUCGCAGUUGGACAGAUUAUUCGAUUGUUUUUUUCUACUCUAUCGCGUGUUACACUCUUUUUCCGUACAAUCAUAAUUGAAUACAUAUUGUAUAUAAAAGAAGAAAGCUCCUAUAGGUGAUUAGCGUCGUCAAAGUUGUCAACCAGACUCCGUGAAAAAUCGAUAAUAUUGGGAAACAAGUCUUUCGUAUCUCAAUUAGUCGGAUCUAAAGGAUUGAAAUAACAAAAAAGUAACCUAUUCCAAGUGCCCUACUCUUCGAUGUAUUACAAAAAUUAUGGAAUACUUUUGAAGCAAAAUAAGAUUGACGUUUUGAGUGGUUUUAACUAAGAAACAAAAAAAAUCAUAUUUGUGACAGUGUUGUGAUUCUAUAUGUGAUAUACGUCUAUAUGUGUAUUGUAGAAGAGCACUCGGAGCAGCUCGUUUUUUCUCAUCAUUGCAAUGUUCAAUCCUUCGAUAUAUGUAACGAUAAUCGUCAAUGACGUCGCCCAGUCGAUGAUAUUUAGAUGAUAAACUUAAAUCGUAGUUAUUGAUAUAGUUCCACAAAAAGAAACAAGAAAACCAAAAAGAGUAAAACAUUUAAAAAACGUUACGUGUUUGAUGUGCCAAAUAUUCGUGUUAAAUGAUUGAAGAUAUUUAUCAGAAGAUAUCCGUGGGAGUUAAUGAGAUAUAUAAUCUGCUUCUAAAUGACAAAAAGUACUGAUAUAUAAUUAUUUAUAUACGAAACGCGGUUGUACAAUAAUAGUGUCGAAAAGGCAGCAUUGAAAAUACUAUUAAAUGGAUCAUAUUCUUGGAUAACGUCAUUCAUGCUCAUCGGUCACAACCCUUUUACAAUACGAUUUUCUCAUUCAGCCUGGUUAUUGACAAUACUUAACAGAAAACAAAUGCUAAUUUGUUUUGAUUGAAAAAAAUAAAAAUAAUGAUAGACAAGUUCUAUUUCGAAAAAUAAUUUGUGCACGGUUUCGAGCUCAACGGAAAUGGGAUAUUGUAAAAAAUGAUAAUCUUUUUGACUUUGGCCAUUUUUUCCAUUUCUUCCAUUACUUUUCCUAGGACCAAUAUUUUUUUUUGAAAUAGUAAAGACAUACCCACCUGGCGUCGGUUAUGUGAUUUUCGUGUUCUAUCAUCGACCAAGUGAAAAUAAUACCGAAUCGGUUAAAUAGUACGAAUUUUCAAAUAUCCUCUAAAAUUCAACGUGUAAAAAUAAGAAAAGCUGCACGAGAACCAAAUCUAGCUGAUAAGGUAAUGGAAGUUGUAAUCACUUUGAUGAUGUAAAUAGCCAAAUACCAAUUUAGACAAAAGGUAUAUGAUUUGUGUCAAUGAAACUAUGAGAAUUUUCGGACUAUGUGUCUCAAAUAUCACGUAAUUUAAUAAAUCUCUGAUCUGAAAAAUA